GCCCUGUGUCUCCUUUUCUGUGCCCCUUUGCUUGACCCAUGGUAGGUGGGCAUGGCAGCCACCCUGGCAGGGGUUUGUCAAGUGCCAUUGACAUCCAUCAUCCUUCUUUUUGAGCUCACACAAGACUACAGGAUUUUUCUCCCGCUUAUGGGCGCCGUCGGGAUUUCAUCUUGGAUUGCAUCAGUGGCACAGAAGAGCUCGAGGACACAGACGCAGGGUUCAGGUCCCGCUUCUUCCCCGGCCAGAUCGAAUGUAGCGCCCUCCUCCUCCUCAUCUUCCUCGGCAAAGGCGGCGGCUUCGCCGCCUUCGCUAGCGGUGCUUGAGAGGGGGGUUUUCGUACUCCGGUCCCGAUUGAAAGAGAUCGUAAACUGGGCCCGGGCGGCGUCAGGAAGCACGGGACCCCUGGGACCGGAACGGAAUGGGACGCCGAACUCUGAGGAGGACCUGGGUACCAGGGCUCAAGCUGAAGAGGAGAACGAGGCCUUGUGCCAUUUGGACUCGUCUCUUUGCUUGUCAGAGAUCGAUCUGACCGAGGAUGAACUAAUGGAGGAGAUUUGUGUGCGAGAGGCAAUGCGAACUCAGUUCUUGACAGUGAAGAGCAGUACCGCUGUGAGCGAGGCAGUAAGCAGGAUGAUUCACGACAAGGAAUGGUGCGCUGUUGUUGUGACGGAGGAGGGAUGUUUGCAGGGAAUCCUGACGCUUGCAGACGUGCAACGAGAAGCGGAACUUGUGAUCUCUACCCGAGCAAGGAUUUAUAACAAGGACCUCUCGACGCUGCCAGUGGCAACCAUAGCAACAUGGCCAAGAGAAACUGGGAGAGGAAGGCGAGUGGUGACCUGCUCUCCAGACAUGAACCUAAGGACAGCGCAGCGCCUAAUGGCGCUCCGCGGUCUUCGGCAGCUCCCCGUUGUCGUCUCCCAGGCAGCUCCACACGAGCAAGACAAGGUAAUGCGCAGCACUACUCCUGCUGCUGCUGCUGCUGCUGAUGAUGAUGAUGAUGAUGACGAGGCCUCAUCAGUGCAUGCCAAUAAUGGUUGCCUGCACGUUGUCGGGAUGCUGGACCGGGAACGCCUACCUCUUGCAUGCAGGGCUGAGCUGACAAGAAAGGUGCUGGCGUUAGUGCCACCGGCCUUGGAUGCUACGGAACCGCGCCGCUCGGAAAGGCAGAGAUCCUGGUCCAGGAUUGGCCAGCAAGCCAUGGAGUUCUGUUUCAAGUGCAGCGAUCCUGUUCAAGGGUUUCCUCAAGUGUACAUGGAAAUGAUGGAACCAUAAAUGGAGUUAGUGUGUGUAAAUUAAUCACAAAAUUUCUCUUCUAGUGUGCACUUGAAAGUUGAAACUCUUUAAGUAUGUUCAAGUGGUGUUGAACGAGGCUCUUACUGGGCAUUGGCUUAGGGCCUGGGCACGCCAUUGUAGAAACGAAAAAACGUUCAAAUGCAUGUUCCCACAGAAAAUGGCAAGAUGCAUCCGUUCCUAUGAAUAGCAACAGAUGCAUAUGCCCACGUUUUGGGGAAGAUGCACUAGUGCUUUUUUCCUUUCGACAGUGGUGCGGCAAGCCCCUUACUUGUCCUGCGUCUUGAAGAAUUUGGGAAUUGGUGGAUAUACCACUGGAAAGGUAUACGGCCUCACCACACCACUCUUGAAAUGUGAAAAAGACAAAAACAUGUGGCGGGCGCAUCUGGACAUGUUCUAGCGGGGAGUUCAUUCUCAUUUCGCACAUUUCAAGAGUGGUGGGGCGAUGCCCAUAGGCCAAGCCCCUGUGUCACUAUUCCAUGGGGCCAGGAGCACUCCGCCGCCGGCCGAAGUUUUGCCGCACAUGGGCGCAGCGUCUCGUCGGUGGGCUUCACGGCAAGGGCGGGAAACGAAGUCUCAUGCAGUUUGGGAAUGGCGACAGUGGGCUUUCGAGGUCAUCGCUGGGGUUGGAGGAGGUGGUUAUAGGGCAUGGUGGGAGAUGUGGGGGUCUGCUCUUUCAUGGAGGGCUGAGCGUAUAGCGAAGUGAGGAAGGGGACGCUGCGGGCCGGUUGCUGCAAGUGGAGCUUAUCGACCUCUGUGGGCGGGAGGUAGUGCUAUGGCCUUUUUUUUUUUUUUUUUAACCAAAAAGGCCCAGUACCCAAAACUGAGGCCAGAGUCUACCCGGAGUAGUCCACCAGAGCCUGUAUCAUGCCUCUUCGCUAUGGCUUUUCUCUGUUUGUUACUUGUCUCAUAUCACACGCUUGAUUGGAGGGAGAACCCUGCAAGAGGGGGAGUGGGUGCAGCAACGUGGGGUGUUAGGGAGGACGUGAUGCACUUCACGGUGUGGAAGGAAGAAUACUGUGACGAAGUGGGUGGAAGAACACGAGGGACGGAGGACGCUGCGGACAGUUCUUUUUUGUUGGUGGGCGAGCGACAUCUGCGACGAUGACACCCCCCCUCCUCCGCUUCGGCCUACCUGCAACGGGCGGCUGGCAGGUUCGGCGCUUUUGGCUCGUGAUGUAGGUUGAAUUGCCGUGAUGACGGUGAUGGUGAUGAUUUUCGCCACCGUCGUCUUAUCUUCAUUGUGCAGUCUUUUUGAGCCAGUCAGUGUACGUAGUCGAACAGUGUAGUCGACCACCAGGCGGUCCUCGGAUUGCCUGAUAGCCGAUGAAGGAGGUGGUGAGGCUUGGAGGGGCGAGGGGAGGGGUGUGUUUAAGGGGAUUGUCGGGGGUAGGGUAGGGUAGGGUAGGGUAGGGUAGGAUAGGAUAGGGUGUCCUUCCUCUUCGUGUUUGAUAGGUUAGUUGCUUGAUGAUGGUGACGAUUCUUCAAUUUGAGUCUCCGCUCUUUUUUUUUUUUUUUUUUAAUUUACAAAAAGCACAAGCUCCAUCUAUUGGUGGGUGGGGAGCAACACCUGCUGGAAAAAGGGUAGAUUUGUGACAUUACAGUUUCUUACUUCCAUUGCUACACUUGAUAGCUGUGAAUUUGAUUUCAAUCGUUCACUACUGACAAGUAAUUAGAUUCCAAUUCAUAA